AUCAGCCGUUUCGCGAUGGGCGACCCCCGGGAAUCGUCAUCGUACCGGGUGACGCCCAGAAUCCGCUACAACACCGUUGGCGGCGUCAACGGUCCGCUUGUCAUCCUCGACAAUGUCAAAUUCCCGAGAUACAAUGAGAUUGUCACCCUUACGCUUCCCGACGGGACGCAGCGUUCCGGUCAGGUUCUGGAGGCCCGAGGGAACCGGGCGAUUGUGCAGGUCUUCGAGGGCACGGCGGGCGUCGAUGUGAAGAAGACUCGGGUUGAGUUCACAGGGCAGAGUUUGAAGCUUGGGGUGUCUGAAGAUAUGCUCGGGCGCAUCUUCGACGGUUCGGGACGUGCGAUCGACAAGGGUCCUAAGGUGCUGGCCGAGGAUUUCUUGGAUAUCAACGGCAGCCCCAUCAACCCCUAUUCGAGAGUCUACCCCGAGGAAAUGAUCUCGACCGGUAUCUCGGCCAUCGACACCAUGAACUCGAUUGCGCGUGGGCAGAAGAUUCCCAUUUUCUCCGCCGCCGGUCUGCCGCACAAUGAGAUUGCCGCCCAGAUUUGCCGGCAGGCCGGAUUGGUGAAGCGCGAGGGUGUGACGAACAAGGGUGUCCAUGACGGCCACGAGGACAACUUCUCGAUCGUGUUCGCGGCCAUGGGUGUCAACCUGGAAACCGCCCGUUUCUUCACGCGCGACUUUGAGGAGAACGGCAGCUUGGAGCGCACAACGCUGUUUCUCAACCUUGCCAACGACCCCACUAUCGAACGUAUCAUCACGCCCCGCCUUGCCCUUACAACCGCCGAGUACUACGCCUACCAACUGGAGAAGCACGUCUUGGUUAUUCUCACCGAUCUCUCUUCCUACUGCGACGCCCUCCGUGAGGUGUCCUCCGCCCGCGAAGAAGUCCCUGGUCGUCGCGGUUUCCCAGGCUACAUGUACACGGAUUUGUCCACCAUCUACGAACGCGCCGGUCGUGUGCAAGGCCGGAAUGGCUCCAUCACGCAGAUUCCGAUUCUCACCAUGCCGAACGACGACAUCACACACCCCAUUCCCGACCUGACGGGCUACAUUACGGAGGGGCAAAUCUUCGUCGACCGUGGCCUGCACAACCGCGGCAUCUACCCCCCGAUCAAUGUGCUGCCGUCGCUGUCCCGUCUGAUGAAGUCUGCUAUCGGUGAGGGCAUGACGCGGAAGGACCACGGCGAUGUGUCGAACCAACUGUACGCCAAGUAUGCCAUCGGGCGCGACGCGGCGGCCAUGAAGGCUGUUGUCGGCGAGGAGGCGCUGUCGGCCGAAGACAAGCUGUCGCUCGAAUUCCUCGACAAGUUUGAGCGCAACUUCAUCAGCCAGGGCCCGUACGAGUCGCGGACAAUCUUCGAGUCGCUGGACCUGGCGUGGAGCCUGCUGCGCAUCUACCGCAAGGACAUGCUGAACCGCAUCCCCGCCAAGAUCAUCGACGAGUUCUACCAUAGGACACCGGCGGACCGGAAGGGCAAGGGCAAAGCGCCGACCAAGGACACCAGAGACACGGCGCGCGAGGAGGAGAACCUGAUCGAUGCAUAAUGGCCAGCGGACGGCCGGUGGUUGCGCAGGCGACGCGUAUAAAACCGUUCGUGCGUAUAGAUUGUUCUGCGUGGGAAAGUCUUGCACGUAAAUCACAUGGUUGGGGUCAUGGUUGGCGGGAUUGCAGAUUGGAAUGCGACCCUUGCUUCGUUCUCUCCACAGGCCCGCGAUUGGAGCGCCUGGGUGACGUCGAUUUUGCUCGCCUGGGCCAAUGCAACGUCUAUGGUAUGUUGCUUCGCUAUUGCGGUAAGUUGUCCGUGUCAAUGGUAAGCAAACGUAAUAUAGCCGGCCCGGGAUCGGUGAUGAGGCAAAAGUCUUGCGCCUGAACAAGCUCACAACAGCCUCAAGUGCCAAACGAGGCACAACAGCCGCCGGUUCGUGAAGAACUCGAGGCCUUACCGGCCACAUGCUUUUGACUUCCGUGUCGUAAUCCUGAU